AUGACUAUCGUUAGCAGUAAUAGUAUUAGUAAUAACCACUAUUUUCCCCCUAAUAACCAGCAGCUGCAGUUGCAUCACCAAUCAUCGCCAUUGUCAUCGAACUUCAGCACUUUGGAACAGGAUCAUCAGCAUCCAAUUCAGGGAGGGGGAGGGGGAGGAAUUGAGAGGAAUCAAGCACAGGCCAGUGGACAGAACACAACGAACCCCUCAAAUCAGCAAUUCAACAAUUAUUCUUAUUCUUACAACCAAAAACGAGACCUGAGUGUUCUAAACAGUCCGCCUCACAACCUCAUUCAAUCUCGCCAGCCUCCUUGUUCAUGUAGAGAUUGCAUGCAGAUAACCCCCACCCCAUCUAGACGAACUGCCGCAACAGCGGGAUCCCCAUUUUUCCCGGCCACAGGAGGUUCUGCGAUGUCUGUAGCUCCUCGCUACCCCGCGUAUCCUCCCCCUCUAACCCCUCUCUCCCUCUCCCAAGCAGCCCAGAGCAGGUCCAUGCCCCCCUCUGCAGUCGGGGGUGGGGGUGGUGUCGGUGGCUGUAGUCCGAUGCUACCCAGAAGACAGUCCCCUGGUGGGUACUCUCUUCAGGGGGGAAAUGGGGCAGCUGUGGAGCCGUACAGUGUGUACAACUUCAUAGGGGACUCCAGGGACUCUUUCAGUGGUGGGGGAGGAGGGGGUCAUAGUAUGACUAACAGCAACACUGGUGGCAGCAGCUACAGUCAGAGACCCUCAUACGCCAGUGCGCAGUCAAACACACACUUUUUCACUGGAAGUGACGAGAUCAAUAAGGACCAAACUCUGGCCAUUCCUCAUGGAAAAUCAGUGGGUUGUGUGGUCACCCGAUACCAAAAGGGGUCCACUAAGACCCAGAAGCACUGUGCGGGACCCCCAACAAGGAACGACAACGACAUCAACAACCCCCAUUCGAGAUCCCGAGGGUCGGACUGUCGCAUUCUUGUCCUGCUGACUCUUGUGGUGCUGUUGCUCUUAUGCACUGCUGGAUUCUCUGGAUAUACAUUCCUGCAGGACCACGCCCAGAUGUUAUUGAGAGGCCAGGGCGAGGGGGGAAACAUGGGGUCGGACUCGAAUCUAGCGGGCGGAGGUGACAAGGCGCUACUUGUUGAUUGUGUGUUAGUCAACUCCAGUUUAGAGAUCCAGUGGCAAACUACAAAUGAGAGACAGAAUUCAAAGAGUGGCAAUAGAGGAAUAGUUGGCCAGAAAGCGAUGAUAAGUGUGGUGGAUUUCAACAAUGAGAACGUUCAGGUAGUGAGUGACUUCAUCUUACCAGGCAAUCAGAACACUCUAAGACUGAACAUGUCAAACUUGUUCACAUCUCCCUAUCCCUCUUUCUCCCCCCACAACAGAAACAACUCCCCCUCCCCCUCCCCCUCCUCGCCCCUGAUAGUGAGUCUGAGUGGAAAACAGGCUCUCUUUGUAGUCAUCAACCAGUUCCACUUCUCUGGACCGUGUUCCAGUCUCUACAUCUACAUCAGCACCCAAAACUACCUUCUAUCUUCGCUAACUUGCACCCAAAUUAUGCUGGAUGCUCACACGAUAUGAGACGUUCAAGGUCAAUUAUAACACUAUUACACAAUAUAUUACGUCAUU